CCAUCCACAUCCCCUCUGCCACACGUUCCGCAACCACGUCCACCAUUGCCCGUUGUUGUUCAUCUCGCGGAAAGGUUGGAAUGGCCGACUCCGCGAGCGGCCAGCGAGUCCGUCAGUCGAGCAAGGCACGGAGCGGUUGCAGCAAGGCAAAGUGCAAGACUCCAGCGCAUGGCCUUGCUCGCUACUGCCCGAAACAUGCUGGAUCGGCUCGCUCGUUCAUCACCACAGAAGUCCGUGAUGCCCUUCGCUCGGUUGAGUUUGACAUGUGGCGGUAUUCGAAGGAGGAGCUGGUGUACUUGUUCGAGGCCAUGUUUGAAGACACAGGCCUGGUGUACGCGUUCUCGUUGGAGGAAGACGUCCUGCUUGCGUUUCUCAACGCAGUCAAGGCCAACUACAACGACAAUCCGUUCCACAAUCUGUACCACUCGUUCUGCGUGACGCAGAUGGUGUUUACGGUGCUGAUGGCGUGCAACGAGUUGCCCGAGUUCCUUGACGAAUGGGAGCGGCUGGCGCUCAUGGUCUCUGCAGUGUGUCACGACCUGGACCACGACGGAGUCAACAACUCUUUCCACAUCAACUCCAAGUCCGAGCUUGCGGUCAUCUACAAUGACCAGUCAUGUCUGGAGAACCACCACUGCUCGCAAGCCUUUCGCAUCCUGCACCGCCCGCCGUCGAACCUGCUCAGCGGCUACUCCGAGGACGAGUACAAGAAGUUCCGCAAGCUGGUCAUCGGCUGCGUGCUUUCCACCGACAUGGGUCGCCACUUUGACAUCCUCGGGCGGUUCGACAAGCUCAUCGCGCCGCUGCGGGCGGCCGGGGCGUCGCUGACCGACGUCUCGGCCGCGCAGUCGGUCGACACCGACGCACCGACCUUUGACUUUGGUGACGCCGGCCACCGGGCCCUUCUGGCCCAGAUUGUCCUCAUGUGUUGCGACAUCUCCAAUGAGGUCCGCCCUUUCUCGGUCUCGCGCAUCUGGGCCGACAGGCUGGUUGAGGAGUUUGGAAACCAGGUCGACCGCGAGAAGGCCAUGGGCCUUCCAUUCCUGCCGUUUAUGGACCGCGACCAGGUUGUCCUUGAAAAGUCGCAGAUCGGCUUCAUCGCCUUUCUCCUCCGCCCGCUCUGGGUCUCGGCCUCGGUCCUCCUCCCGCCGCUCGGUGCCUACGUCGACGCCAUCGACGAAAACUACCAGCAGUGGUCGGUCGUCGUCCAGCGCAACGCUUCGAACGAGAUGCUGCGUCUCCUCUCCAACCUGCAUCCCGAGUUUGAGGAGCAGACCGUCGACGCAGGAACCGUUCUCUGCCGCAAGGACGAGGAUUCUGACGAGCUGUUCUUUGUUCAUGAGGGCGAUGUCUGCGUUGUCGACGAGCAGUUUGACCGCGUCCUCAACACUUUUACCACCGGCUGCUUCUUUGGCGAGAUCGCCGUGCUCAAAGGCAUUCCGCGGACCGCAAACGUUGUCGCCAAGACAGAAGCCCGCAUCCACGUCGCCUCUAAGGACAUGGUCCUCGCCCUCCUCGACGACCACCCCGACUUUCGCAAGACCCUCGAGCAGGUCGCCACCAUCCGCGAGGGUGUCAUCCACCGCAACGCCGCAAAGGGUCUGCAGUCCAUUGGCCUUGGCCUCAUCGACCAUGACCAGCUUGUUCACAUGGGCGGUGGGUGAUACCUCCCACCCGCACCUUGCCUCGGCUUUGCUGCCCUUGCCUGGUGUAAUGAUAAAGCCUUCUCGCCUGCACCUGCA